GCCGUGCAGCCGUCUAAUGUGUUCGCGUAGUCACGGAUUCACCUUUAUUUAGUUGAUUUCAUCAGCAAAGGCACCUGCUGAUCGACUUAUUAUCGUUAUCAACGUUGUGUGAUCGUAGAUAUCCUCAUUGAAUUGAAUUUUGUUACAAAAUAAGUGUUGAUUGCACCGUAGACGCUUGACAACGAGAUAAGGAUGAGCACGAAGUUCCUAUUUACCGAGUCGACGGAGAUCCUCAAUGUUUUGCCGCAUUAUCACACUCUCUUGAAGACGAUCUUGGUGAUCUCACUCGUUUGGUUUAUUUCAAAGAGACGAAAGAAUAACUCGAUACCCUCGGAUGAGUUGGUAGAGAGCAAGCUAGCGGAAUGGCAACCGGAACCUCUGAUAGGUGAACCACCGAAAGAACACCCUUCGUUGAAUCCCAAGUAUGUCAAUGCCAAAAUUGGAAGGCGAAUAAUUAUCAACGGCAAGAAUUGCCUCAAUUUGGGUACGCACAAUUAUUUGAAUUUAAGUAAUGACUCCAAAGUAGAGGAGAGUGCAGUAGCUGCUGUAGAGAAGUAUGGUGUUGGUUCUUGCGGGCCACGUGCCUUCUAUGGGACUGUUGAUGUACAUCUUGAAUUAGAAGAACGCUUGGCUAAGUUUACAAAUACAGAGGAGGCUGUUAUAUAUUCAUAUGGAUUUAGUGCCAUAGCAUCCGCAAUUGGGGCUUACUGUAAACGCAAUGACUUGAUAUUUGUAGACGAGCAAGUAAAUUUUGCUAUACAAAAAGGAUUGGAUGCAUCUCGAGCAAAUAUUCAAUAUUUUAAGCACAACGAUGUUCAAGAUUUACAUAAUCUCUUGAUAAAACAAGCAGACGUAGAUAAGCAAAAUCCUAAGAAAGCUGCAAAGACUAAACGCUUCUUGAUCAUAGAAGGUAUUUACAAUAAAACAGGAAGUAUUUGUCCCUUACCGGAACUAUUAGACCUCUGCAAGCAGUACAAAUUAAGGAUUUUUAUCGAUGAAUCUAUAUCGCUUGGUACCCUCGGUCCACAUGGAAAAGGUGUUACAGAAUAUUUUAACAUUCCAAUAACUGACAUUGAUAUGAUAAUGGGGUCUUUGGAAUCAGCUUUUGGAUCCAUUGGAGGCUUUUGUGUAGGAACAUCUUUUGUUAUUGAACAUCAACGUUUAUCUGGACUCGGCUAUUGUUUCUCAGCUUCUCUACCACCUUUUCUGUCAUCUAUUGCUAUUGCUUGUCUGGAUAUUAUAGAGAAUAAUUUGCAGAUAUUUCAGUCUUUAAAAAAUAAUGCUCUAGCAGUAGAUAGCGGUCUCAAAAGUAUUUCGGCAUUUGAAUGUCCAAGUUUCGCAGAGUCACCUAUGAAACAUCUAUAUCUAAAGGAUAAAAAAGACUAUGCCACUGAAGAGAAAUUAUUAUGUGCAAUAUCUAACAAAUGUAUUGAAAAUAACUUAGCAGUUAUACUUCCUGCCUAUCUGGAAGCAGAAAUACUUAAACCAAGACCUAGUAUUAAACUUUGUGUAUCUACUGACUUAUCCAAGAAUGACAUCGAUUUUGCACUAGAUACCUUGAAAAAAUGUGCAGAAGAAGUUUUAUCAUGUCAUGUUAUACACGAUAGGAACGAAUCUUUAUAAAAAUAAAUAUAUUAAGAGUUUAUAUAAGUAU